AGCCUGCAGUGGAUAGAGUGUACAAAAUGGUAAGUUUAUGAGGUAUGUAAAAUUAUAAUAGUAUCAGACUGAUUUAGUAAAAUAUAAUGAUAAAUUAAAGUAUAAUGACACCGAUGUAAUUAACCCGACUUUCAACUGCACACUUCGUGUCCCCCUCGUGCAUGAAUAAAGCCCGCCUGUCCCGGCGGAGGCAGCUGUUGUGGCUGCGAGACAAACACCGCGCCAUCACAUAUACAUACCUUCCUCCUCCUUCCUCUGUCCACACCAAGAGGAGAUCUGGAGAAGAGAGGAGGAGGAGACGGCCAUUGCGCUUGAACUUCUCUGUCCUCUUCUCCUCUCUCUCUCUCUCUCUCUCUCUCUCUCUCUCUCUCUCUCUCUCUCUCUCUCUCUCUCUCUCUCUCUCUUCUAGCUCUGCUUUGCUUGCCUCGAGUUCUUGUCAGGGGGGCCGGCCAUGGCCACCAUCCUGGAGAACAUCCAGAAGGCGAGGUUCCUGCCCACCAGGCGGCUCGAGGACGAGCUGCCCACCUGCCAGGGCGGCGUUAGCCGCCGCGGCGGGGGCAAGGAGAGCCACCUCAUGGGCCUGAGGAAGAGGCUGUCCUCCUUCUCCGGCAAGAUCCAGCCCAUCUCCUCCGCGUCGGCCGAGUGGGCGUUCCGGCGGUCCAAGUCGGCGCCGUUGCUCGGCGCUGCGUUCGGCGCCGGCGGCUCCCUGAGGGGGUGGUGGGAGUGGGGAGUCGGCUGGCUCAUGUCCAAGAAGCCCAGCUUCGCCGGCGACCUCGAGAUGAACGAGGAGGAGGCCACUGCGCUCGGUCGCCAGAGCAGGGGCAGCUGGGGCCACAUCCUCUACAAGGUGCGCUCCAGCGUCCGGCGGCUCGUCAUGUCGACGCACUCGCUGCCUACCACGCAGAAGCAGUACCUGCCGUCAGCGGUGCAGAAGGUCCAGUGCAAGCCGGCGGCGUUCGCCUACACGCAAAGCUUUCACCAUACUGGCCGCGCCAUGGCGCACUAAGAGCAUCGCGCGCAGUUGCAGAUGUCUUUCGCAUCACAAGGAGGUGGAUGAUCUCCAUGAGAUCCAAAUGGAGAUGAUGAGUGGCUCAAGAAGAAGAUUCAGGUUCCAGGUGCGUGAGAUCGAUGGUGAAGAUACCGCUAUACGAUUAUAAGUGGAAACUAGCUCGGUGAAUUGAUGAAUGAAAUGUAGGAUUACUGUUCUGUUCUGUUCUGUGUAGAUCUAGUGUUGAAGUGCAUGCUCGUUCUUUAUAUUCUUUUUGGUUCAUUUGACGAUGUAAAUGUAAAAUGUUUGGUUGAUUUUGUAAUGUUUUUGCCUCCUGCAGUAAAUAAAACUAAUGCAAAUCGUGCUCGUCUGUUCUUGAGAA